AUGGACGAGGGUGUUCCAGUGGAAGAGGCUGAGAGAGAGAAAGAAAAAAUGCGAUCUUUAUCUAGUUUGAUCACUGGUUUGAGCCUCGUGUCAAUUUUACUCGUCUUUGCUCUACUUGCAAAAGUCUACAUGUUCUUGAGGAAGAAGAGAAACAACAGAGCCAUUGAGGACAACUCUAACAUCCCUAUCAAGCAACUUCACUAUCCCUUCUGUUGGACCUGGAAAAGACCGUCUCCCAUGGUCAUCCACCAGCAAGAGAGUUCUACUUCAGUGGACUUAGCCGCCCAAUCUGAUCAACUUCACUUAAACCCUAGCAAAGACACCGUGGAAGCAGAGCUGAUGAGGCUCUACAACCUCGGAGGCCCCCCGAGGCUUCUCUUCACCAUCAAAGAGGAGACGAAGGAGGACAUGGAGUCUGAGGAUGGCAGGUCCACAGGAAGGAGAAGCAUCAAAUGCUAUGGUGGAAAGAGCCUGAGUGAUCUGUUCAACUCUUCUGAUCACACCCCAUUGACAACUUCCCCUCCCAUGAGUCCCUUGGAUUGUCGCACAGGAAGUGGAUUCAAUUUCAACCCCCUCUUUGAAUCCUCAAAGGAAGAAGACUUUACCAGGAUGUGGUCCUCUCCGUCGCCCAAAUUCAAGUUCUUGAAGGAUGCUGAGCUAAAAUUUUACAGGAAGAUCCAAAUGGAAGAGGCAAAAAAGGCUGAUGCAAGUGGUGAAAUGGUUGACAAUUCGGAAAAGCAAAGCAUAGGCUAUGAUGAGGAAGAAGGAGAUGAAACUAAUUUCAUCAGCAUAGUGAUCGGAAAGACCAGAGACGGAGAGAAGCAACAGCAUUCAAGCUCCUCACAGGUGAUGCCAUUGUCUUCUCCUAUACUAUUCAAGUGA